GGUUGGCCUACUUACACCCAACUUGUUAAACCUCAGCUAAUGCCCAUCCCACACGAUUUGACUCAUAGAUUUUCUUUUAUCCACAGGUAGUUAUCUUAAAAGCAAAAGGGAAAGAGCUCCCAAAUGCUUUAUCUACUCAGAGACUCUCCAGAACAAUGGCAUAUCAUUCUGAUUUAGAAAAUUUGGAUGAAGAUGGAUAUACUCAAUUAUACUUCAACUCUCAAGGCAUCACCAGGAAAACCGUGGUCUUAGAGAAAGGGACACGUGCUGCCUCUCCUCCUUGGCGUCUCAUCGCCGUGACUUUGGGAAUCCUGUGCUUGAUAAUACUGGUGAUAGCUGUGGUCCUGGGUACCAUGGCCAUUUGGAGAUCCAAUUCAGAGAACAACUCAUUGAAGAAUGACAACUCUCUACCAAGACAUAAAGAGAACCACAGUCAUCCCACACAGUCAUCUUUAGAAGAGAGUGUGGCUCCUACCAAGGCUCUCAAAACCACAGGCAAGGUGCCUUCCAGCUCUUGUCCCCCUAAUUGGAUUAUACAUGAGAAGAGCUGUUAUCUAUUUAGAACAUCACUAGAGUCCUGGAAAAGCAGUAAAAUACAGUGCUCUCAACUGAACUCGAAUCUCCUAAAGAUAGACAGCCCAAAAGAAUUGGAAUUUAUAAUUAAACAAGUGUCUUCCCAACCUAAUAAUUCAUUCUGGAUAGGGCUUUCUCGCACUCAGCCUGAGAGACCAUGGCUCUGGGAGGAUGGAUCAACAUUCUCCUCUAACUUGUUCCAAAUCAGAAGCACAGCUACCCAGGAAAAUCCAUCUUCCAACUGUGUAUGGAUUCACCUGUCCAUCAUUUAUGACCAACUUUGUAAUGUGUCCUCAUACAGUAUUUGUGAGAAGCAGCUUUUGAAGUAAGAGGAAGGGUGGAGGUAGGAGAGAGAAUUAUGUAAGACCGUAAGGAGGACAGGAAACGGAACGGAAAGGGUGAUAUUUGAGGUGAAAGUAAAUGUUGACAAUGUUCACAGAGCUCCGCAAACUUUAAUCUUAGAUGAGAAAUAGGCUGAGAGGCUGUUAUUUCUGUGCUUGUCAACUGGAUAGUUUGGGCGGCCAGUAGUAUCAAGUUCUAGUUAAUAGAACCCUAGUCAUGGAGUCAGGGCAGCUAAGUUUGAAUUUUCAUUCUGCUAUUGACUCAAUAUUUAUUUGGAAUAAGCCACAGUCCUUAGAGCUUCAAAGGAAUCUUAAUAUCUGGCUCCACCAGAACUAUUUUUCUGUUUUCAAAAAUGUUACUGGAGCAGACAUUGUGUGUUUUUAUGACUUAUUCCUCAAUUUCUAGUAGUAUGUCAGACAUGUGGAGGGCAAAAUACACUUUCAAAUAGCCAGUGAAGAAGUGGGAAGAAAAGUCUUCACUACGAUCAGAGCCAUUUUAUUACUUUCAUCAGUACAAUCAUGAUUACGAUUACCAUCAUCAAAAAGAAGAGACUCUAACUUUUUAUUUAUCAAUAAAUGGCUCAGAGAGUACAUCUACCAUAUCUCUAAUAAAAUCCUGUAUAAUAUGAAAUU